AUGGACUCCAACUCUACCCGGUAUGAUUUCACAAAUACUCUGAACUUGGUUUCUUCCUUCUUAAUGGCUGCGAACGGAAUCUUUGGCGUCAUUUGUAACUUAUCUAUCCUAUACAUUUUCAUUUGUGUACCCACUGAAAGAUCGUCUUUCAACUUGAUUUGUGUCUACCGAAGCAUUGGGAACACCAUAAUUCUUGUGUGGGGAUUUAUGGCAACGUUCAUACCAAUUGGUUUGAAAGAAACCUCACCGUUCUCGAAUAACUACGAAACCGUUGUCAUUCUCUCAUGUAACAAUAUCUACAUGAUAAUACAAUAUAGUGGAAUGAUCAUUGCCUCAAAUCGUUUCUGUGCAAUGUUUUUCCCUAUUAUGUAUCAUAAACUUUUUAAUAUCAAAAUCACUUGUGCUUUCUUGUCUAUCGUAUUCUUGUUCAAACUGGCUGACAAUAUCUAUUAUCUGGUCACAUUUCUUCCUCGUGACUGCUACACUCUCUAUUCCUCAUUCUAUCUCGCUUGGAUUCCAAAUAUGAAUCCGAAUUGUCACAGCUCGCAAGAUAUUCCCAAUCCGUUCAACAAUACUGCUAUACUAGUGGUUCUUCUGAUUCUCAUGAACAUUGCGACCUUUUCGAAAAUCUAUUUUUUCUACAAAUCAACAGAAUCCGAACAGAGAGAAAUGAAAAGAAAGACAAAGAAAAACAAGACUUUGUUCUUUCAAACUUUAUUUCAAGAUGGUGUGAUGUUGAUUGAUAUGCUAUUCACUUUCAAGCUCAGUCAAUUAAGUAACGAGAGAUAUUGGACAUUCAUCAGUGGAACAUUUGUAUGGCAAUGCGUGCAUUCGGUUGAUGGAUUCCUGAUGGUGAUGUUCAACGAACGUCUCUCGUUUCUCAAAAAGAGAUUAUUUGGAAUUGAUGAGAAGAGUCAUACUACUAUCCAAGUUCUGACAACUGUGCAUCACUGA